GCCAAACCGUAAUAAAAUAACCAGGAUCCAUAACCCAAAUGCCCGAACCCGGGCACCGCUGUCGGUGAGAAGAACAUUAUAGUUAGUGGGUCCUUUUCUCACCACCUUUGAUAUUGCUUCAUUCCAAAUCCAGCCUGUUUACACGUUUCAAUCUGGAUCAUUAAUUUCCUCCAAACCAAACCCCAUCUCCACCGUCCGUUUCUCCAAAAGCUCCACUUCAUCUAACCACCGGUCUUUCUCAGCUUCUUCUUUGUCCUUUUGAUCCCUUUCAUUUCACUCCCAUUCAGUUCAGCUGUCCCCUCUUCAUUUUUUCCUCUCAAUUUCUUUAAGAAUCCCAGUAAUUUCCCACCGUUUUCGAGUAAUAUUGUGGGAUUUCUGAUCUGGGUUGGGUUCAAAAAAUGGCGAAAUUGUUAACGGUCGUUCUGAUUGUGGCGGCCAUGGUGAUGCCGCUGGUGUUGGCCUACGAGUCGGUGCCGGCGAAAGUGGUGAAGACGUCCAAGGGGAAGAAGUAUUGUACCAAGGGUUGGGAAUGUACAACCCCAUCUAUCUACUGUUGUAAUCUGACCAUUUCGGAUUACUUCCAAGUCGACAACUUUGAGCAAUUCUUCGAGAAGAGGAACUCACCCAUAGCUCAUGCGGUUGGGUUCUGGGACUACCAGUCCUUCAUCAUUGCUUCUUCCCUCUUCCAGCACAAGGGAUUCGGUACUACUGGUAAUAAGACUAUGCAGAUGCUUGAACUCUGCGCUUUUCUGGGCCAUGUCGGCAGCGGAACUACUUGUGGUAGCUUAGUAUCCACAGGUGGACCUUAUGCUUGGGGUCUCUGCUACAACCAUGAAAUGAGUCCUAGCCAGUCAUUUUGUAAUGAUGACUUCAAGUUGACCUAUCCAUGUGCACCUGGAGCUGAUUACUUUGGACGGGGUGCAAUUCCUGUUUAUUGGAAUAAUAAUUAUGGUAGGAUCGGGGAAGGCAUCAAUGAAGAUUUGCUAAACCAUCCGGAAAAGCUCGAACAAAAUGCCACCAUAGCUUGGAUCGCUGCGAUGCAUCAAUGGAUGACUCCAGCUGAGAAGGGGCUGCCUUCUCCCCAUGAAGUAUUCAUUGGUGACUGGAAGCCUACUAAAAAUGAUACUUUGGAAAACAGACUUCCUGGCUUUGGCUCCACCAUGAAUCUCCUAUACGGGGAGAAUGUUUGUAAUAAAGGUGAUGAUGCCACCAUGGGCAGGUACAUCAACCAUUUUCUCUAUUACGCCGACCUGUUGGGUGUUGGUCGAGAAAAGGCAGGACCUCACGAAGUACUCACCUGUGAACAGUCAAAACAAUUCAAGCCUGCCUCAGGCAAAGCUUCCUCCUAAGAUUUGUUGAUUCUAAAUGGCCUACAUUAUGUUCUGAAAUGUAUCAUGUCUUGAAAAGAACCAUGUAAUAAAAGGAACAAAUGUGGUUCGCAUUGGUAUCUGUGUGAAGAUUAGAUAGCUGAAAAUGUAGUAAUAUGCAAGUUCUGUUUCAUAUUGCCCUUUUUUGGAAUGGAUUUUUGGUAAACUCUCUGUAAUAUGUGUAUGUUGAAAGGGUUUUGUUUUGUAAAAUUCAUUUCAUAUACAACUUGUAUACUGUAAAUGUUUGGAUACUUUAUAAAUUCUAUAAGACUUGUUUGUACUCUUGUUUAGUGGACUGUCCCCCUUUUU